AUGAAGUGCUGCGGCGCGGACCUGAACCACAACUUAUGGCUGAACCUGGUCAUCGCGGCCCUCAUGGGGUUCGGCGAGUCCAUCUGGACGAGCACCGUCGGCGUCGCGUUUAUUUACGACGUCUGGGGCGGCUCGAACACCAAGGUCGGCCUCGCGACGGCUUUGACGGGCGUCGCGGCGAUGCUCACGGCGUUCCCCGCGGGCUGGGCCGCGGACCGCUUCCGCCGCUCGGCCGUGAUCCGCGUGGGCGCCGUGUCCAUCCUCCUCGCCGUGCCGCUCUACGGCGCGGGCGUCGUCGGCGCGGCCGAGGGCGUCGGCCCGUCCAAGGCCGCGUGCUACGCGCUGAUCUGCGUCGCCUCCGGCCUGUUCGGCGUGUCGCAGGGCAUCUCCAACGGGCCGGCGCAGGCGCUCCUCGCCGACAGCGUGCCGACGGGCCAGCGGUCCAAGUUCUACAACUGGCUCUUCGUCUCGUACAUCGUGCCCUCGCUCUUGGGACCCGUGAUCUCGGUCGUCUACUUCGAGGUCAAGGGCAACGACUGGAGCAUGGGAGCAUUACGGGACCUCAUGUGCCUCGGCCUAGUGCUCGAGGUGCCCGUGGGCCUCCUGUCCUGCCUCUUCCGCGACGACAAGGCGCUCGGCUCCGAGAGCGACGCUGUGCAGGACCGCCGCGCGUCCGAUUUUUCUGAAACGCCGAGCGGCGACUUCGUGUCGCUGACCGACGUCGAGGACUCGAAGGAGGGCGAGCCCCCGAAGGAGGGCGGGGCCCCCGCCGGCGCGCCCGAAACCCCCGCCGCCGACGAAGAAAAUGAGAAGCUCGCGGCGGACCCGCGCGUCGCUAGAGUACCGUACGUCGUCUUCGCGACGGAUUUGGUCGUCGCGCUCGGCAGCGGCAUGACGGUCAAGUUCUUCCCGCUCUUCUUCAAGAACGACUGCGGCAUGUCGCCGGCGUCGGUCCAGGGCAUCUACGUCGCCGUGCCCCUCGUCAUGGCCUGCGCGUCGACCGCGGCGACGGGCCUGGCAAAAAUCACGGGCCGCGUGCAGGCCGUGCUCCUCCUCCGCCUCUGCGGCCUCUGCUGCUUCGGCGCCAUGGUCGUCCUCUUCGACCGCGGCUUCGCGGCGGGCCACGCGAAGUGGGCCAUCGUCGCGUUCUACGUCGUCCGCACGGCUUUGAUGAACUGCACGUACCCGCUCGAGGAGUCGAUCCUCAUGGACUACGUGCCCAAGCACACGCGCGCGCGCUGGAAGAGCCUCGAGUCCGUGUCCAUGUUCGGCUGGUGCGGGUCCGCGCUCGCGGGCGGCGUGCUCGCGGACAAGUUCGGCUACACGCGCACGUUCCUCAUCACCAUCGGCCUCCAGGGCACGGGCAUGCUCUUCUACGCCCAGCUCCUCGGCAUCGUCGCCAAGGAGGCGGACCUCCAGAAGCAGGCGCCGCCGCCCGACGCCGACCUCGCCGCGCCCCUCCUCGCCGGCGACGAGCCUGAGCCGGAGACGUCGGUCCAGUAG